UUCCAGUGUCCAAAAUUAGUGACGGCCGGACGAACAGACAGACGCACGGCUCGACCGCCUCACUCGGGGCCACUGCAUAUGCUGGACGGUGGUUUGCGUUAUUGCUCCGGAGUGUUCGUUAUCUUUGACGUGCUUCUCUUUGCCCCUCUGUGCCCGAUGAUUCUUUCCAGCCAUCUCUGAGUCUGGGAGAUAUUCCUUCUUUUCUGGUGUGUAUGCAUUGUGUUGUUGUUCUUUCUUGGUGUUUGGUUCUGGCUGGGGUUGUUGCUUAAUUUCCUAAUCCUAACCGUGCUUCCGCAGUUGAGGCUCAAGCACGGUGCUGCGUGGAUGUCACUAUAGUGGCAUUCACUGUGCAGAAUGAAGCUGCUCACUUCCCUCGCUCGUUCUCUUUCCGUCGUCGCACUAUGCGCCCGGAUUGCGCAAUCCCUGCCAUACCUCGAUGAGGAAGCCGACUGGAACCUCAAUACAAAUCAGACUGCGACAGACCCCCUGGACUACUCCGGCCAGUGGGAUGACCACUCGUACACCCCCUCUCCAGACAACUGGCGAUUCCCCUUCUACACCAUCUUCCUCGACCGAAUCGUCAACGGUGACCCGACUAACGAUGACGCGAAUGGCACGCAGUGGGAACACAUCCUUACCUCCAAUCAGUUCCGCCAUGGCGGCGACGUUCUCGGUUUGGUUGAUAUCUUUGAUUAUCUUCAGGGAAUGGGGAUCAAGGGCAUCUAUCUUGCCGGAACACCGUACAUCAACUGGCCCUGGGGCGCAGAUGGAUACUCCCCGCUGGACCUGACGCUGAUGGACCAUCACUAUGGUUCGAUCGAGGACUGGCGCACAAUGAUAUCCGAGGCGCAUCAGCGCGGGCUUUAUAUUCUUCUCGAUAAUACCUUUGGGACAAUGGGCGAUCUUGUCGGCUUUCAGGGUUACUUGAACCGGUCCGCGCCGAUCAACCCUAAUGAGUACGACUAUGUAUGGAAGUAUGACCGUCGGUACUGGGACUUCCAGCCUGGAAAUCAAAUCGAGGCUGAAUGCCCCUGGGAGUAUCCGCGAUUCUGGGACGAUGACGGAACCGGCCUGACUACCACAACCCUCGGCACUUCAUGUCGGUAUAGCGAAUUGGAUCAGUAUGGAGAAGUUGGCGCCUUCGGAAACUACACCGAAUGGGAAGGGCAAAUUGCCAAAUUUGCCUACGUCCAGGAUCGUCUGCGCGCAUGGCGACCGGAUGUCCUGGCCAAGAUCAAGCACUUCUCGUGUCUGACCAUCACCAUGCUUGACAUCGAUGGAUUCCGCGUCGACAAGGCCCUUCAAGUGACCCUGGACUCUCUGGGCGAGUGGUCCGAGUCCAUCCGCGAAUGCGCCCAGCAGCUGGGCAAGGACAAUUUCUACAUCCCCGGAGAGAUCGUGUCGGGGAACUCCUUUGGCUCGCUCUACGUCGGUCGCGGUCACCAGACAAAUCAGACCAUCAAUAACCUCACCGAGGCCUUUAUGAUGACCAACAAGACAGACAAAGCGUAUGCGGAUCUCUUCUUGCGACCUGCGGCGCAAUCCGCCUUGGACGGUGCGGCGUUCCAUUACACGCUGUAUCGUGCCCUGAGCCGGUUUCUAGGUCUGGACGGUGAGUACGCCGCCGAAGGCGACCCACCGGUCAACUUCGUGGAAACCUGGAAUGGUCUUGUCACGACCAAUGACAUGGUCAACACGAACACCGGCAAGUUCGACCCUCGUCACCUGUUCGGCGUCACGAAUCAGGACGUUUUCAGGUGGCCGGCAAUCCAGAACGGCACCCACAAGCAGAAUCUGGGACUGUAUGUCGCUUCGCUGGUCAUGCCGGGAAUCCCCAUUCUCUCCUGGGGUGAGGAGCAGGAUUUCUACGUACUGGACAACCAGGCCAAUAACUAUAUCUUCGGUCGCGGGCCCAUGACAUCCUCUCAAGCAUGGCAGCUUCACGGAUGCUACAAGCUUGGAUCCGACAAAUACUUCGACUUCCCGCUCGACCGCGCCCUCACCGGCUGUGAAGAUAAUUCCGUUAGCCUCGACCACCGAGAUCCGUCCCACCCCGUGCGCGGUCUCAUUAAAAUGAUGUUCGAGAUGCGUCAGAACUUCCCCGUUCUGAACGAUGGCUGGUAUCUGCAGCAACUUUCCAACCAGACUUUUGACAUCUAUCUUCCAGGCAGCAAUGGGACACCGACAGAGACGGGGAUGUGGAGUGUGCUGAGGUCCCGCUUUGCGGACCUGCAGAACUUCGAUGGCCAGGGCCAGGGUAAUCAGAGUGUCUGGCUCGUGUACUCGAAUGACAACAAGACGGUCAAUCACCAAUUCAACUGCAGCAGCGAUAAGGAUGCCUUGAUCUCGCCGUUCCCGACCGGAACCACCGUCAAGAACAUGUUUCCCCCGUUCGAUGAGUUCACGCUGGUGAACAGCUCGGUGGCGCUUGGGUUCGAAGGGUCUGACCUCCCCAACGGGUGUUAUCCGAAUCUUACUAUCCCGGCUUGGGGCUUUAAAGCCUUCGUCCCGAAGGAUAAAUUCGUGCAGCCUUCCCCAUACAUCACCGGCUUUACCCCUGGACACGACGCCCGUCUUCUCUCCCAGGAGACCACCGGAGACACAGUGCGAAUUGGCUUCAAUUUCUCUCAGGAGAUGAACUGCAGCCAAAUCACCAACUCGCUGACCAUCACGUCCAAAGCCCUCAACGACGAGAGUGCUGUAAUCAACACAACCACAGCCUCCUGUAGUUCGUUCGCGGAGACUGAGGUGGCGACAUGGCCCGGUGCACUUACCAGUGUCUUCAGCUACGAGAUCGAACUGUCCAACGUCUAUCCCGGGGUUCACAGAGUCACCGUUAGCAACGUGACCACUGCGAAUGGGAAUUCAUCCACAGGCUCCACCGACCACUUCCUUUUCCGCAUCGGAGAGACAACCAACCCAAUCGUCUGGCCCCAGAUAGCCAACUACAGUCGCUCACUUCUGUUCGAAACCCCAUCCGCAGACCUACCCUUAUCCGUGACCCCCCACGCCCCUGGCGCAGAUAUGUGGCGCUACUCGCUCGACUUCGGCGCCACGUUCAGUUCCUGGAUGACCUACACGGGCUUCAACACGUCGAUCCCCGGCAAGAACUGGACCGGAACCGCCAAACAGGCCUGGGAGGGUGAGCACAUCCUUGCCCAAUACUGGAGCAAGCUGGCCGGAAGUAGCGACCACUGGCUGCAUGGCGACUCCAACUGGCAAUACAAGCCGCCCCGUCGCUUCCCCAACCUCUGGAUCGAGGGCGAGUUCAAUCAGUUUGGAUACGAUGCGGGAUACCUGAACCAAAUGGAGCUCAGCAAUGUCACUGGCCAGUGGGAAAUCCACUUUAUGGGCGAAUGGCCCGUGCAGGUGGCGUUCAAUGCCUGGGGCAUCAAUGGGGAUGGCCUCCCUGAUCAGACGCAGGUGUUUGGGGAUAUCGAUGGCGACCAUGUGCUGGAUCAGGUUCCGCCAGUUACCCUGCUGAACAAUGUGUUCAAUGUUACUAUCCCGCCUCCUUCGCCCUAUCUUGCGUUCGUGCUCUCGGUGGAUGAUGGCAAUCUGAGGGUCUAUGCCACCCCCACUGGAUCGAGAUGGAUCCAGCUGGCCCUCUUCAUCCUGCUGGCUGUUCUCCCUGUCGUGUCCGCGGUCGGCGCCGUGUAUAUCUACCUCAAGGCUUUCUAUCAGGUCAAGUUCAACCAGAUCGGCGUCACGGAGAAGCGGUCAAGUCUCGCUCCACUGCUGAACGUCUUCCAGAAGGUCACCGGUGCUUCGAAUGAGAAAGAAGCAAAUCCCGGAUCUGGUCCGACUUCCGUGAGCCCGUCCAUAUCCGAAAGCGGCGGUGUCAUCGGCGCGAUGAUGAACACCCGACGACGGACCGUGCUCAUCGCCACCAUGGAAUACGACAUCGAAGAUUGGGCCAUCAAGAUCAAGAUCGGCGGACUGGGCGUGAUGGCCCAGCUGAUGGGCAAGAAUCUGACUCACCAAGACCUCAUCUGGGUGGUGCCCUGCGUCGGAGGCGUCGAUUACCCUAGGGACGAUCCCCGUGAGCCGAUGGUGGUCACUGUCCUUGGGAAUAACUACCAGGUCGACGUCCAGUACCACCGUCUGCACAAUAUCACAUACGUCUUGCUAGACGCACCUGUCUUCCGGGCCCAAAGCAAAACCGACCCCUAUCCAGCCCGCAUGGAUGAUCUGGACUCCGCUAUCUUCUACUCUGCCUGGAACCAAUGCAUCGCCGAAGCCAUCAAACGGUUCCCGGGCAUCGAUCUCUAUCACAUCAACGACUAUCACGGCGCCGCCGCACCCCUCUAUCUCCUCCCCCAGACAAUCCCAUGCUGCCUGUCUCUCCACAACGCGGAAUUCCAAGGCCUCUGGCCCAUGCAAAACGCACAGCAAAGCCAAGAGGUCUGCCGAGUCUUCAACCUCGACCCGGCCGUGGUGAAGAAAUACGUGCAGUUCGGCGACGUGUUCAACCUGCUGCACUGCGCCGCCAACUACCUCAAAAUCCACCAGAACGGAUUCGGCGCCGUCGGUGUCUCAAAGAAAUACGGCAAGAGAUCAUACGUCCGAUACCCUAUUUUCUGGGGCCUCAAGAGCAUCGGCGCCCUCCCGAACCCGGACCCGUCUGACAUCGCGGAGUGGGAUAAUAAUGCGAACAAUAACCUGGAGGAGAUCACCAUCGACGCGGAGUUUGAGGCGAGUCGUGCGCCGUUGAAGAGACAGGCGCAGGAGUGGGCUGGGCUUAAUGUUGAUCCCGAGGCUCAGCUGUUUGUCUUUGUGGGCCGUUGGUCCAUGCAGAAGGGCGUGGAUUUGAUUGCGGAUAUCUUUCCCUCCAUUCUCGAUGCCCAUCCCAAGGUCCAGUUGAUGUGCAUUGGGCCCGUCAUUGAUCUGUAUGGACGGUUCGCGGCGUUGAAGUUGAAUAGGCUGAUGGAGCUCUAUCCCGAACGGGUCUUCUCGAAACCAGAGUUCACGGCGCUGCCUCCGUUUAUCUUCAGUGGUGCUGAGUUUGCGUUGAUUCCUUCGCGCGAUGAACCGUUUGGGUUGGUGGCUGUUGAGUUCGGUCGGAAGGGCGCGUUGGGCGUGGGUUCGCGCGUCGGUGGUCUUGGACAGAUGCCUGGAUGGUGGUACACGAUCGAGUCAAUGACCACCAAGCAUCUCACCCACCAGUUCAAGCUCGCUAUCAACGACGCUCUGCGAUCCUCCCAAGAGACACGCGCGAUGAUGCGCGCACGAUCCGGCAAGCAGCGAUUCCCCGUCGCCCAAUGGGUUGAAGAUCUCGGCAUCCUCCAAAGCACGUCGAUAGACAAGCACACGAAAUACUCGAAACGCAACUACCGCAGCUCAUGGAGAAUAUCCGGCAUCAGCACGCCCCCUGCCCCCGACAGCAUUGGCAACGGUGGACGCCCGUCCAGCUCCAACGCCAGCCGCGAACACAGCCGAUCUCGCAGCUCGACCAUCUCGAACUCGCCCAGCCGACCGAUCACCAGCGACCAGAGGCAAGUUGGACCUCGACUGGGCCAUAGCCACAAUGCCUCGCUGCCGGUCAACCUGCCUUCCAGCCUCGUCGUCUCCAGCGGCGACCCUGAGACCGACACCGAGACACGCCGCAGACCCUUGUCUUCCACCCCCCGCGCAGGCCCUCGAGUCGUGUACACCUUCUCCAACGACGGAGAGAUCCUCGAACACAUGCUAGGCGGCCAGGAAGACUCCAGUGCCCGUCCAUCGCUGUCUCUCUCGCGUCCCUCGUAUCCUUCGCCUCAGUUCGCCAACGCCAAUUCCGGCGCCAGCACCCCUUCCCUCGGUCCCGGACCAGAAGACGGUCUGCUGGGACGACGAAACCUCAGCCCGUCCAUGAUGAGCCUCGUCAGCGUCGACGACAUUGUCAAGGAAAAGCAAGACUACAACCUCCAGAAAGUCAACCCCUUCUUCACGGACGCCAAUCACGAAUACGCGGAUAAGUUUGAGAAGAAGCUUGUGGACCUGAAUGGCAAGAACUCCGAGGACCAGCUGUGCAUCGAGGAGUUCAUCGAGAAGAGCGAGAAGGACUGGUUCAACCGAUACCGCGAUGUCAAGCUGGGCAAGUCGCCUCUGCCGUCCCCGUCUCCGUCUGUCUUCCGCUUCAAGGUCUAUGAUACCAGUCGGCCGCCGACGCCGGGGAUGACUGCUCCUGUCGGAGACUUGAACAAUGGCCAGUUUCUUCUCCCGAAGGAUUAUGUCCCUCCGACGGGCUUGAAGCGGUUCAUGUUGAUUAGGAUUGGCGAUUGGCCUGUUUAUUCUAUGAUUCUUGCUAUCGGUCAAAUCCUCGCUCUGAAUUCCUAUCAGAUCACACUGCUGAAUGGCCAGAUCGGUGAGACGGCGGAGAAGUUGUAUAUUCUGGCGUCCAUCUAUCUGGUCUCUUCGAUCGGGUGGUGGAUGGCUUUCCGGCUGAUUCCCUCGGUCUAUGUGUUGACGAUUCCUUUCUUGAUGUACGGCAUUGCCUUCCUAUUUGUCGGGGUUGCUGGUCCUGUCCAGGACAGCAUGACCCAGACAUGGCUCCAGAAUGUGGGAACGGGCUUCUAUUCGAUUGCGUCUUCGAGUGGAUCGAUUUUCUUCGCCCUUAAUUUCGGGGAUGAAGGUGGAGCACCUCUUAGCUCUUGGAUCUACCGAGCCACCCUCAUCCAGGGCAGCCAGCAACUGUGCAUCAGUUUCCUUUGGUACUGGGGUAGCUGGAUGGCCAAUCUCAACCAAGAAGGCAGCACGCAGUUCAGCCUUAGCGUGACCAACCCCAACGCAUUGCUCGGUAUCGGAGUCGGCCUCGCCUGUCUCCUGUGGCUGCUGGGAGCCCUGGUGUUCUUUGGACUCCCGUCGUAUUACCGACAAACGCCGGGUCAGGUGCCGACAUUCUACCUGUCGCUCUUCCGGCGUCGCAUUAUUCUUUGGUUCUUCUACAUGGUGUUCAUCUCAAACUACUGGCUAUCGGCACCGUACGGACGAAACUGGCUCUACCUCUGGUCCAGCAAGCACGCAAAGGUGUGGCAAAUCGUCAUCCUGGUCCUGGUCUUCUUCAUCGGUGUCUGGGCGGCAGCUCUCUGGAUCUUCCACAUCCUGUCCAAGAGACACGCCUGGUUCAUCCCGAUCUUCGCCAUCGGCCUGGGCGCCCCCCGGUGGGCUCAGAUGCUGUGGGCCACCUCCAACAUCGCCACGUACCUUCCCUGGGCUGGUAGUCCCGUUGCCGGAGCCAUCCUUGGUCGAGGACUGUGGCUCUGGUUGGGGGUGUUGGAUAGUCUUCAGGGCGUCGGCUUCGGAUUGAUCCUCCUCAACACCAUGACCCGCUUCCACGUCACCUUCACCCUUCUCGCCGCGCAAGUGGUCGGUUCCUUCGCGACCAUCCUCGCCCGUGCCACCGCCCCAGACAAGCUGGGCCCCGGCAACGUCUUCCCCGAUUUCUCGGCCGGCGUGGCGGCCGGCCUCGGAAAGGCCGACUUCUGGGUCUGUCUGCUGUUGAUGCUCUCCAUCAACGUGCUCUGCAUCUUCUUCUAUCGCAAGGAACAGCUCUCGAAGCCGUGAUUACAUUUACUGCGAUAUAUUUCAUCGGCCGGCGUUUUUACCUUAAUUUUCUCCAGGGGUUGUUUUUGUUGAUAUCUUAGUUGUUGUGACAUUUUCUGGAGUCUUUGUUGCUUGAUUUUGGUAUAUAAGCUGUAUCGAUUGUGCGCUUGGGGGGGAGAGAGGGGGGUGUAUCAUAUCAUAUCAUACAUACGUACGUACAUGAGAGGGACGAUGAUGGGUUUCUUGGUUCGUGCUAGGUACCGAG